UUAAUUUGUAUUUCGGUCUUCCGGUUCCGAUUUAGUACUUACAUACUAAAUUACGAAUAUAAYUGUUAAUAUUAUACUUUAUGAAUUACUCCGUCUAUGAACAAUUUAAUCAUAAGGACAUUAAGAAGGUACAUGCCAAACUUUUUAUUUUACACUACUAUCCUAUGGUAACAACUGAUUCAUUUUUAUUUCAUAGUUACAACGCAUUGUGUGAAUAAUUUAGGAAACAUCAAUAUUACUAAGUUUGUUUUACUUGAUAGCUGCUGAAAAUAUCUGAUUAAUGUGUCGGAAUUUUGAUUUGUGAGCACUAAAUACAAAUGUAUGAUAUACACAUUUUAUUGUUCCGWGCAUACAACUUUUCAUAAUUAUCAUUMAAAUCAAAAUGUUGCCUUCCAAAGGCUAUUUUAAGGCUCUUGAAUGUCCCUAUUAUACUGACUCAUUUUGCGAUCGACCAUAUUGUCACUUUAAGCAUAGUAGACAAGAUUUUUUGUCUGAUGCAAAAUGUCAAAUUGUCACUGAACCAGAAAACAAUUCUGUUGUCAAUACAUCAAAGUUGCCCGAUGAACCAACAUUAAAACAAAAGGUAAAGUCUAAAGUUAUUGAAUACAUACCUAAAUGUAUAAAGCCAAAGAAUCUUGAAUCCGGUGUUAAAUCAACUAAUGAAAUAGGUAAAAAAGACAUUCCUAUACCUGAAUAUAUACCUUCGAGUGUCAAAGACAUAAAUUUAGAUUUUGAACUUCAACCUACUAAUAAUGAAUUUAAUAGAAAAGAACAAACAGAAUCAAUUAACUAUGCUGAAGGAAUUUCAACAACUUAUAAUAUUGGCACUAAUAGUUCUAGACUGAAUACAGAUAUUUCAGAAUAUAUACCUACAGCUAUUGAAAAACCUUUAGAUAAAACUAAAAAAACUGAUAAAUGUCAUCAUGAACAUAAAACAUCUUCGAAACGUAAGCAUGAGUCUUCAAAAAAAUCUUCAAGUAGAUCUAAAAAACCUAAAAGAGAUAAAUCUUCAGAACAUAGAAAGGACAAAAAAUACCAAGACAAUGAGAAGAAAUGUGAAAGAAGACAUUCAAGAGAUAAAAAUGUUAAGAGUAUUAAUCUUGACAGUAUGAAUACAUCUAGCAUUCCUUCUGUCCCAAAAUCGUUGAAAGAAGUAGUUACAGAAAAAGUAAAAAAAAAAUUAGUUGAACCUGAUCUUAUUAAAUUGGAUAUAGUUAAUUCCAGAGUUAGUUCAAGUGAUGAAGGUAAUGAUCCAUCGACUUCACUAAUCGAAUCAAGUUUAAACGAAUUUUUUGGUUCAGAAGAUUCUGAUAGUGAGCCAAAAUCAUGUAAUGUUAUAGCAGCCAAAGUAAAAAAACGAAUAUCUCAUAUUUCCUCUACAAGUAUAUUUGCACAAAUUAAUGCAAAACCAAUUAUGAGACCAAAAACUACAAAGUCUCUUCAUGAAAUGGUAGCAAGCAGAGUACAAUCUAAUCAAAAUAAUGUUUUUGGAAAUCAACCAAGUGUCACUAAAAUUAAUUUAAAUARYGAUCCUAGUUUACCAUUACUAAAGACUAAAACUCGUAUUGCUCAUCAAUCAAAAAUCGAAGUACGUUUAUGCACUUCAGAAUCUCAAACAUCAAACAAUUCAAAUAUAAACAAGAAAGAAAUAACUUCAAAUGUAAAAUUGAAUUUAAGAAUAAAAUCAUUUAAAAAUAGUAAUAAUAUGCCAAAUCCUUUACGCCAAAGCUGUUUGGAGAAACUUUAUACAGCCUUCAUUAAUCAUUACUCAUCUGAAGAAGCAAUCGAUAAAGCYCAUACAACUGAAGAAGAAGUUCAUAGUAAAGCAAAAUCAUCUGGAAUUUAUAGAAACCUUAUUGUUCAGUCUUUAAUGAAAGCCAAUAAAUCACCUCAAUUACAAGUUAAAAGUAAUCCAUAUUACCCUUCUCACAUGUAUGGUGUUUGUCUGUAUGGAUUAUUGAAGAAAUAUAUUCUAACACAAGACGAUUUGGAAACAAAUGGUUUUCCACUAAUGGGUGAUAAUAAAUUGGCAUAUAUUUCCAAAAAUGCUCACUACUACCGACCACUUUCUAAAAAACGUAAUGGUGAUAAAUUUGUGUGCAUGAAUUGUAAAAGUGAGUUUGAAGUUGAUAAACAUGGUAUGCCUACAGUUACAUUAACCAAAUGUAUUUUUCAUUCUGGCAAGCUAAAAUUUGAAAGGUCUAAAAAUGAAAAAUUUUGGGUUUGUUGUGACCAAAGGCAACAUGAAUCUGGUUGUGAAUCAAGUAUUUACCACAUGCCUGAUAAGUUUGAUGAAGAUGCGUUGGAAAAUUUUGUUAUGACUAAAAGUAAAAAAUCUGACAAAAAGCCAGAAAUACCAAACUUUUAUGCCCUAGAUUGUGAAAUGGUCAAUACUACAUUUGGUAUUGAAAUUGUUCGAGUCACAGUCAUUAAUCAUGAAGGAGAAGAAGUGUAUGAAUCCAAAGUGAAACCUUUUAAUACUAUACUUGAUUAUAAAUCUAAAUUCAGUGGAAUUACUGAGGAAUCAUUAAGGAAUUGUUCAAAGAGAUUGUCUGAUGUUCAACAAGAUUUAUUGAAGAUAUUUGAUAAAGAUUCAAUUUUAAUUGGUCAUAGUUUAGACAGUGAUUUAAAAGCAUUAAAAAUGGUUCAUUAUAAUGUAGUAGAUACCAGCGUUAUGUAUCCUCAUAAAUAUGGUCCUCCUUAUAAGUGGAGUUUGAAGUUGUUGUCUGAACAGCAUUUACAAAGAAUUAUUCAAAGUGAAGAAGGUCAUGACAGCAAGGAAGAUGCUUUAGCUUCAUUGGAUUUAGUUUGGAAGAAAUUAAAAGAGGAUGUAAAGAAAUUCAAGCCAAUCAAUAUAAUUAGUAUAGGUAAGAGAUAGUUGAUGACAUUAACUAAAUUUGUUCAUAUAAUGUAUUGGACAUUAAAUGUGGCCUUAAAAAUAAUAUGAUCUCAGUUGAAUUUAUUUUUAUAUUAAAAUGUAUAACACAUUUAAACAAGAAUGUUAAGAAGAAUACUCUAGUAUCAAUUACUGAGGGUWAUUUAAAAAAAUAUAAAUAUGUUAAUAUUUGUUGAAAAUACUACUUUAAAUAAGUAAUGUGAAUAAAUUAAGGUGGACAGUUUCUAUUUCAUAAACCCUGGUAUUGAUUUUGAUCUAUACCCUUGUA